AUGGCGUCCUCGACUUCAGCAACCCAACCUCAGCCAGCAUACCACGCAACCCCAGGCUCCAUCCUCCACGCAGAUCGAGACUUCUACAACUCCGUCGCCAGUGCCAAACGCACAUUAAUCCAAUCCUUCACCCUCGACAUUCGCUCCGGCAAAGCAUGGGAAGCUCCAGCGGGAUCCAUCGUCCGACUCUCAACACCCGAAGGCCCUCAAGUCGGCGAUGUCAAUAUCUGGAACUACGACAACCCUCGCGAACGGUUCUGGGCUUCUCGCACACGACAACUUCAUGCCAGUCACGUCACAGUCUAUGAUCGGUUGUGGAGUUGUCUACCAUUCUUACGACCCAUGUGUACUAUCAUUGGAGACUCACUAAGCGAUUACGGCGUUGAUAAAUGGGGAGGGAGAUGUCAUGAUUUGCUGGGAACGAGAUGUGAUCCGUAUGUUAACAAGAUGCUUUCUGGAGAUGACUAUGAUUACCAUUGCCAUUCGAAUCUCACGAGAGCGGUGCUGCCGUACGGGCUGACGGAAUUCGAUGUCCAUGAUGUGCUAAAUGUGUUCCAAGUGACUGGGUUGGAUGGAGAUGGGAAGUAUUUCAUGGAGGCUUCGCCGGCGAAGAAGGGGGAUUAUAUUGAAUUCUUUGCGGAGCAGAGGUUGUUGAUGGCUUUGUCGACGUGUCCGGGUGGAGAUCUUUCGACUUGGGAAUGGGGAGAGGGGAAGGCUGGUGAAAGUGGCGAGAAGAAAAGCAUGCUGGAUUGCUGUCGCCCGUUGAAGGUGGAGGUGUUUCGAUUGGACGAUGAGCAUGUUCUCAAAGACUGGACGGAAUUCAAGAGUCCGGACUAUGCUGGAAGACAUGGAAUGCGUAUUCCUACUGGCGAAGAGAAGCAGUGA